AUGGCGGCAUGGUACUUGAUGAACGGCAACCGCUUGUGGGUCCAUCGAGCUCUGCUUUGUGCCAUGUACAUUGCCUGCGGGGUUCGCUUCAUGUUUGGAUGGGUGAAAAGAGGCCACGUGACUAAGGAAGACCAUCGGUGGAACCAUUCGAAAGUCAUUGGACGGCAUCCGGCGGAAUAUGUCGGGGCUGGCCUUUGGUUGUUUGGGUUCGUCUUUGAAAACAUUGCCGAUGCCCAAUUGAGAGUUAUGCGCCAAGGCCUGUGGAAGUACUACCGGCACCCGAACUACUUUGGUGAAUUCUACCUCUGGCUGUCGUAUGCCAUCAUGUCGUUCGCCGACGCGUCGCCAAUCCAACGCGCGUUGCUCGUGAUGCUACCAGGGCAAGUUUCCCUGAAGAAGCGAGGCCAAGCUUACGCAGAUUAUCAAGCCGAGACGUCGAUUCUGUUUCCGUGGUGGCCAAAGUCGAAGAGCGAAAAACGAACGUAG